AUGGCGGAAGUCGAAGGACCCCAAGCGAGACAUGUCACCUAUUGUGGAGUGUGCACAUUACCCCCAGAGUAUUGCGAGUUCGGGGGCACUGCAAAGAAAUGCGAGGACUGGCUGAAAGACAACGAGUCAGAUCUCUGGGAUAAACUGUAUUCCGAAGAUGCUUUGAACGCCAACCUCUCCACCUUAUCGGUAUCUGCACAAGAGCGUGCCGCCAAAGAUGCCGCGAAGAAAGAAGCCAAGGCGGCAGCCAGCGAGGCUCGCGAUAGUGAGCGCAAGGCAGCCUCCAAGGUGAUCAUUAAGCGGGUCGAGCGAAACAAGCGCAAAUACGUCACUGUGGUCAUUGGCCUCGAAGUCUUUGGCCUGGAGAACAAGAAGAUUGCAAAGGAUCUGGGUAAGAAGUUUGCUACGGGAUCUUCAGUGACGCGCUCACCGGCUGGCGUGGAGGAGAUCACUGUGCAGGGUGAUGUGAGUGAUGAUCUCAGCGAUUGGUUGCUCGAGGUCCAUGGGGCCAAGAUCCCCGAGGCCAAUAUCGAGUUUGUGGAAGAUAAGAAGAAGAAGAAGAGCGAGCAACCUAUCGUAUGA